UCCAUCACUGUCUCUGUCUGCAGCAUGAAGAACCUUCAGGUCUGGUUUCUGCUCGGGGUUCUGGUUCUGGUUCUGGCUCCUGGGUUCUGCUGGCACGACUUGGACAACAGCGAGUACGACUGCUGGCCCCUGGAGCGACCCAACGACUCCAACAUGAUGGACUGUGGAGGUCUGGAGAUGUCCUGGCUGCUUCGACCWCCAGAGCUGGUGAAGACCGGCGAGGUGUUCACCGUCGUCUACUCAGUGACGGCCCGGGACUCCUUCUACCACUGGGCUGUCCAGAACCGCAUCUUYUCCCAGAGCUCCAUAACAGACGCAGCGUCGGCUCGGAGGUUCUGCGAGCAUCACGAGUGUCCGUCCAGCUGGAAGGAUGCUAACGGAGAGAACUGCUGCAUCCAUCACGCCAACAUCCACUCCUGCCCGCUGGGAUACAUGACAACAGAGAGCAUCUGUGGACCCUGGAUCCCCGAUGAUGGAAAGAUCUUCACCCACACCAUCUCCACCUCGGGCAAGAUGAGCCAAACCAACUGGACCGCAAAGGUGGUUCUGUUCCAUCCGGGCCUAAACUCACUUAUCGCUCACAUACGAGUUGGCACCAUGCAGGCAGCACUGGAGUCAAAGAGCACGGUUCUACCUGCUGUAGUUUGUGGCAAUAAAAUCUGUGAGGAAGGUGAGUUUUGCUCCACGUGUCCGGCCGACUGCGGCGAAUGUCCCAUGAGUGCCACAACCAAGGUGGCCAUCGGCUUACCGCUCAGCCUGCUCUGCCUGUCCUUCAUACUGACCGCCGUGUGGCUGAGAUACCAGAAAGAAAAGCUGCUGUGGGACGAGAGCUGGGUYAUUGAUUUCUCAGCCAUUAAACAAGACCAGGACCAUUUGACCAUGGGAAGUAUCAUUAGUGUACCUGUUGGACACAGCGACAGUAACACCAGCUGUUUGACCGCGCUCGGCUCCUGUACCGGCCAAACAGGAACCAGGAAGGGCCCGUUCACCUGCACUGGGAUUUACGACGGCAGAACGGUGGCCAUCAAAAAGAUCCAAACAAAGACCUUCUCUCUGUCCAAAACCAUCAGACAGGAAGUCACACAAGUCAGGGAGCUCGAUCAUCCAAACCUUUGCAAGUUCAUUGGUGGUUGUACCGAGGUGCCAAACGUUGCCAUUGUAACAGAGUAUUGCCCGAAGGGAAGCCUUAAUGACGUCCUUCUUAACGAGGAGAUCCCUCUCAACUGGGGCUUCAGGUUUUCCUUCGCCGCUGACAUUGCCAGAGGAAUGUCGUACCUCCACCAACACAAGAUCUGCCAUGGUCGACUCAAGUCUCCAAACUGUGUGUUAGACGACCGCUGGGUCUGCAAAAUAACAGACUAUGGACUGAGGACAUUUCGCAGGGAUGAUGGGGCGGAGCCUCUGUCCUCCUAUCAGAGGAGGCUCAUUGAGGUCUACAUGCCACCUGAGUUUCAGAACUCCAACAUGGARCCGACGCUGGCUGGAGACGUGUUCUGUUAUUCCAUUAUCCUCCUGGAGAUAGCCACUCGCAACGACCCUGUUCCAGCAGAGGAGUCUAACCUGGAGUGUGCGUGGUGUCCUCCUCUUCCUGAGCUGAUCUCCAGUAAAGCUGACAACACCUGUCCCUGUCCUGCGGACUACGCUGACCUGAUUCGUCGAUGUCGCUCUCAUAACCCCGCCCACCGGCCCACCUUUGACCAGAUCAAGAAGUUUGUUCACCGCAUCAACCCCAUCAAAGGCAGCCCGGUGGACAUGAUGAUGAACCUGAUGGAGAAGUACAGUAARCAUCUGGAGGUUCUGGUGGCUGAGAGGACUCAGGAUCUGAUGCUGGAGAAACAGAAGACUGACCGGCUGCUUUACAGUAUGCUUCCUAAACAGGUGGCUGAUGACCUUCGUCAGGGCAAACCUCUGCAGGCUCAGAGCUACGUCAGCGCCACCGUCUUCUUCAGUGACAUCGUGGGUUUCACGCAGCUGUCCAGCAGCAGCACUCCCUAUCAGGUGGUGGACUUCCUCAACAAGCUCUACACCACCUUCGAUGACAUCAUCGACAACCACGACGUCUACAAGGUGGAGACCAUCGGAGACGCCUACAUGGUGGUUUCAGGCGUUCCCAAGGAGAACGGGAUCCUCCACGCCUCAGAGAUCGCCAGCAUGGCUCUGGACCUGGUCGGGGUCUGUCGCACCUUCAGGAUCCCCCACAAACCCAACACGCAGCUGCAGAUCCGAGCGGGGAUCCACUCCGGUCCGGUCGUAGCCGGAGUGGUCGGGACCAAGAUGCCUCGGUACUGUCUGUUUGGAGACACGGUCAACACGGCGUCCAGGAUGGAGUCCAACAGCCUCGCCCUGAAGAUCCAGUGCAGCUCCAGCACCUUCUACCUGCUGGAGGAGAUCGGGGGGUACAGCUUGGAGUGCAGAGGAACGCUGCAGGUCAAGGGCAAAGGAGACAUGGUGACCUACUGGCUGGAGGGGAAGAAGAUGGCGGCGCCCYCCAGCCUCGACACCAAGGGAACCAAACCUGUCGCCAUGGAGACAGAGACGUACUCACCGGUGCCGGGCUUCGUGAGCGAGGACCUGCUGAUGGACCCGGCCUGAUCCAGAACUCCUCCUGGUCCAGAACUCCUCCUGCUCUUCAGGAGCCGUCAGUGUUUGUUGUAAAAAAACAAGUUCAGUGUCUCAGAAAUCAGUCUUAUUUAUCUGUUUGUUAAACAUCAGUUAUCCUGAAACAGUUUAUUCGUUGUUUGAAUAAAUAGUUAUAUAGAAUAUUUUAUAUGUUUGUUACACAUUAAUAAUCCUGAAACAGUUUAUUCUUUGUUUAAAUAUUUACUAAUUAGAAUAAAUGUUAUAAACAGUAAAUUCAGUGAUGAAGCGUUUUGUGUAACUUUGUUAUUUUUAAGUAAAUAAAUUAAUUCAGGACUGAACCCGUCCUUUUCUGUCCUAAAGAAACCAGAUCCUGGUGGUCCUGAACCAGCUGGAUCCAGGUUUGGUUUUAGUUGAUUAAUAAAUGAUGACUCAGCAGA